AUGCAGGGAGCGUUGACGCUAAACGGCAGGCUAGGCCCUUGCCUGCCUGCCCAGCGUCCCCGAUUGUCCACAGCUGUUCCAUACGCUUUUAAGGCAGCGGCUGUACCGGUGGCCCAGUCCCCAGUCCUCUUGACUGAGUGCGCAUCGACUGUCGCCGAGGUGCCGCAAGAACUCUUCUCGCUGGGAGAGGGUCUGGAGACCCCCAUCCAACUCAUCUACCUCGUCACGCUGCUCGGCUUUCUGGCAGUGGGUGCCUAUCUUGUGGUCCGCCAAGUGCUUAUCCGGCGGGAGCUAGAUGAGGGUGCCAAGGGCCUGGGCGAGCGGAUCCGAACAGGGGAAGCAACAUGCGAGGACUAUUACGAGCUGGGUGUCAUCCUGACCCGCAAGAAGCUGUUCACCCAGGCCACCAAGAACCUGGAGAAGGCCAAGAAGGUGUGGGACGGAGAGGAGUCGGAGCUGGCGCAGGUGCACAACGCACUGGGGUUCUGCUACUUCAAUAUGGACAAGACUGAAAUGGCUAUUCAGGAGUACCGGAGGGCGGUGGAGUUGCAGCCGGGUUACGUGACCGCCUGGAAUAACCUAGGGGAUGCCCUGGAGAAGAAGGGCAAGUGGAGGGACGCUCUGGUGGCGUACCAGGAGGCGCUCACGUACGCCCCGGACAACCGCAUCGCCCGCCAGCGCUCCGACUACUGCAAGGAGAAGGUCACCCGCCUGGCGCUGUGA